AUGGUGAACUUCAAUUCCAUUGUUGCAUUUUCGACUUUCGGUCUGGGUGUGCUGGCACACCCAACCAUCAAACACAUUGACAGACGCUUUUGCUCUCUCGAGGAGCGCAGUGUCUUCGCCCGCGCUGAGGACCUCACUUCUCGCGCAACUAUCCCCAAAGCGACAACAUGGAACCCGCCUUCUAGCAUGGUGACCGGUCUGGACCAAGUCUGGAAGCAAACCAUGAAGGAGAACCCGCAGGGUCUCCAGGACAAGAACUGGAUCACCGAUCAGCUCAUUGCCAACAACGGAAGCCUCAAUUAUUGUGUUCGCUGGAACCACUCUGGCAAAAGCACCGCGACUGCGCGUGCUUCAACUGUCAAAGCUCUGCAGCGCUCGAUGCAGAAGUGGUUCGACGUACUUGUAGGAUUCGAAGGCUUCCCGCUUACCAAACUCAAUGUCGACGUUGUCGGCUACGCUGUCAAGAACAAGAACCUAAUCGAAGGUGACACUACCGGUCUCGAUAUCUACACCACAGCUGAUGGCGAUGGUGUACCCGAAUGCGACCCCCGGUGCUACCGCGCUAUUCAUCUUGAUGGCGAUUUGAGCCAAUGCCCCGGUGGUGAGGCUAGCCGCUACGAUAUCAGCCUCUGGCUCGACGAGAGUCUCGAGGGCCAAAUGGGUGGUUAUGGAUACAACUGGGGACAGGAAAUUGGUCCAGACUACUUCCUCAACAACAUCAACGAGGACAACAUUCACAUCUUGCUUCACGAGAUGGGCCAUGGCUUUGGUCUUCUAGACUUCUACGACUGGGUACCUCAGGGCCAGACCAACUUCAUUAUGAUGGCUGGUAGCGCGAUGGAAAUUACCGAGUUCGAUGCUUGGAUGCUGAGGGACUGGUGGAGGAAGUUGAAGGCCGAGCGCAACUGGUAG